AGGGAUGUAACAUCCUGAUCCUUUUUGGUAUAUAUAGGCGAACCAUAUUAACCAUGUGCUGAUAAUAACCAAGCGUCGCUGACAAGUGAUUGCACUGCAAUUUAAUGUUGAAGCAUCGUUUCCUUGAAGCGUAUUUGCGGUCGGCUUGGUUUCCUCAGCUCCCCGGCCUACAAACGACAUAAAAGCCUGAGCUGUUACCUGUGCCUCUGGGACAACGGCUGUUGAUCACAGGCGGACGACCACAAUGACACAGGUUUGCGGCCUCCUCGCAUACACAAGUUGAUUGCACGACGGAGGGAUGUCUCGUCCCGCUCCGUCCCCCAUCUAUACCCUUAGGGGGGCUGGUGGCCCUCUUAACGCUCUCCACUUCAGCUGCCAUGGAAGGGACACUCCCCUCUUAUUUUCUGGGUCGGGGAAGGGUGCCAUUCAUAUGUGGAACCUGAACAGCAGGAGGGUUGAGAAGGUUGUAGAAGGACAUUCUGGCAGCUCAGUCAUCUGGCUCAACACACUGCAGCCAGAUACCCUCAUCACUCAGGGGCGGGACAUGCAGGUCUGUCUGUGGGAUUUGAGUGAAGGUCGCAGUGAGCUGGUGGAGUCGUUGUGGACCGGCAGCGUUGGGUUCUGUCAGUGCACCACGCUGGAGACGAGCCCUACAAACUACCUGCUGGCUUUUGCUGGCCAACAGACAGAAGAGAUCAAGAUUAUUGAGGUGCCCAGUAAGACGCCAGUCUGCACCCUGGUACCAGAAGCAAAGCUGGGGAUGGUCAUGUGUAUCAAACUGUGGCAGCCAGACUCGGGUCCUGGACCUCUCCUGUUGGCUGGAUACGAGGAUGGUUCCCUGUUGCUGUGGGAUGUCACCCAGAGGUCCGAGCUAAGCCAAGUCAAAGCCCACCCUGAGCCCGUCAUGUGCCUGACCUUUGACACCAAGCGUCUGAGAGGCAUAUCAGGCUCUUCUGAGAAGAAACUGUCUUCCUGGAGGCUGGAUGAGCAGAACAACCUGCAGCUACAGGACUGUGUGACGUUGGUCAACCCUGGGGUUUCACAGCUAUGUAUCAGAGAGGAUGGGAAGCUUCUAGCUUCAGCGGGCUGGGACCACAGGGUACGGGUGUUUGGCUGGAAGAAGCUUCGACCGCUGGCAGUACUUCAGUACCACACUGACAUGGUUCUCAGUGUGGCUUUCUCUGACCACCAGGACCCCAGACAAAGACUGCUAGCUGCAGGAUCCAAGGACCAGCGGAUCAGCCUUUGGUCAAUAUACAAUGAGGCAGCUGACACCGGCUGAGUCUUUGAGAAGGAUGUACAAACGUUGAUCAGUACUUCAUUUUCUAUUCUCCAUGCUGUUGAAGUGUUGCCCUUACACACUAAUUUAUGCUUUUCAGAUACUGUUAUCACACUUGAGUCACAGAAAAAAUUAUAUCUACUAGGUUCAAAGAAUCUUAAAUCAGUGUAAAAUUUGUCCUCCACUUACGUGGGUGCUAUAACAAUGCAUGCUAAAAUUUGUAGUAUAUUGAAAGUUACUGUUUUUUACAACAUGACCCAAAAUUAAACAUUCUAUUUUGAGUUA